UUGUUAUACAAGAAGACAAAUCCAAAAAGGAGUAUGAAGUAGUUGGACGUUUUCCAUUAGUUGGCCCUUGGUGGAGAGUUCAUGUUAAAAUUAAAAAAGUGGGGUCGAAGUACUUUGUGCAAGGAUAUCCAUCAUAUUUUCUGCGGACUGAUAUAGAAGAAAACAACCGACAAGUCUUUUCACUCUUUCUUAAGGAAUGUGACGUUCCCGGGGAUUUUAAAGAAAAGUUUUUCACUUGGCUUCCUACAGAGUUUAUACUGAGUUUUGGAAAUCUUGAAGAAAAACUAAAACAGUUCCAAGUUUCGCACUUACAGACAGGGAAUACCCAAAGAGAGAGCAAGGAUUAUGACAUCUUCUACUAUGUUCUGAAAUCAUUUGCAGGAAAGGUGGUAUUGGCAGCUCUGACUUUUCCGAUGAUACUGGAGUUCUUACCAAUUCUUCUGCCACGCCAUUUUUGCUGUCUGUUGGAUAUGGUGCAUUGGCAAAGAAAGACUGAAGAAAACGAUGGUACAGAUGGUGAGGAAGUACAUUUGCAAGACAAGAUGCUAACAAAAUUGGAUGAGAUAUUAAAGAAUGAGCCAUGGAAACUUGGAUUCAGCAGGAUUACCUAUAGGGAACUGAACCUUUCUUACUGUGAGGCAACGUGGACCGCCUUCUGUCAGUGUGAACAUCUCCUCCAGAAGAUUCCUACCUUGCAGAAGAAUGCAUUAAUUCUGUAUGAUCAACUCAAGAAGCAGUGUAGAGAAAUGGGACACACUUACGAAGAACAAGAUGAAUUAGCUCGUUUUGUGACCAGAGAUAUGUCCAUUGAGCAUGUUUGGCAAUCUCUUGAAUUUUUGAAAGAUCAGAAAGUCGUGAUUAGGGAGAAAAAACUAGUGUUUCUGCCUUAUCUUCACAAAUCUGAAAAAGACAUUGCAAAGUGUAUAGGUGACCUUCUGUCAAACUGCUCAUGGCAACUGGAUGUUGAUGUGAGAAAGAUACUUAACGUUUCUGAGACAUCAGGAGAAAUGGUAGAUAACAAAAUGGAUGUUACCCAGGCUCAUGAAACGGAACAUCUGAAGGAAAAUAGUCUGGACAAUCAUAACUGUGAAAAUCACUUUCCUGAAGAGGAAGUGAUGUCUACAUCUGCUACCCAAAGUAAAGCAGAGGUAGACUUAGAUCAGGUGAUUGCUGUGGAAAAGAUUUGUUCUAAUCCUGUCACAAUUAUAAGCGGAAAAGGAGGCUGUGGGAAGAGUACAAUGGUUAGCUGCCUUUUUCGUCACUUAAAGCAGAUGGAAAAAGAAGUAGAAGCUGCUUCUAAGGACUUUGAAGAAGACCUGGAUGCGUCUGAGGAAUGGAAUACCUCUGAUCAUCAUAUAGAGUCAGAGAAUAUGAAUGCAAAAAAAAGUUUGAAUGUACUAUUUACUGCACCUACAGGGAGGGCAGCAAGCCUUUUGAGUGAAAAAACUAAGCUUCCUGCGUAUACGCUGCAUCAGAUCAUCUAUAGUUUUAAGUCAUGGAGGCAGAGUGAACAAAUACAGCCGUGGAAGUUUUCUACUGUGACAAUUCUGGUUGUGGAUGAAGGAAGUUUGGUGCCUGUACACAUUCUUAGUUUAGUUUUAAAACUCUUGUGUGAGCAUGCUCAGCUUGCCAAACUUAUUAUUCUAGGUGAUACUAGACAGCUACCAAGCAUAGACCCAGGAAACAUGUUAGCUGAUAUCUUUGAGGGUCUAAAAUCAAGAGGCUUUUCUGUGGAACUGCGAACUAAUCACAGAGCUGAAUCACAACUAAUUGUAGAUAAUGCAUCAAGAAUCUCUCACCGGCAGCUUCCUGAAUUUGAUGAGGUGCUGAAAGUUUCUGGUUGGAAUGAAGAAAUGAAAAUGCCAAGCCCGGAGAAGAAAUUCAUUCUUAUUGCUUUGCCUGCUGGCGCGGGUUCUGACAAUUUGCAAACUGCCAUAAAGACUUUACUUAAAAAAGGACCAGGAUUGCAGGAUGCCAAACAAUCACAGUUCAUUGCUUUCAGAAGGCAAGACUGUGAUCUAAUAAAUGAACUUUGUUGCCGACACUAUUCAAAUCACCCAACCAGAGAUCAUAAAAAACGACUUUUAUUUCAAAUUGAUGACAAGAUUUCCUGCAUGCGGAAUAUAUAUCUCAAGGAUCUCUUGCCAGCCCGUGGUUUCAGAGAGGAUCCUAAUCACCAUGAAUGCAAAAGUGGAGAAACCACCCUCGCUCCAGAGACUGCUGAGGAGGGCAAACGACUAUGCAACGGAGAUAUAUUUUUCAUAACAGAGGAUGUAGAAAUUGAUAAACAGCGCUUAUUGACCAUCAGCAGCACGUACGGCUCCACAUUCACUGUGAAGUAUAAGGCACUGAAGAAACUAUGUCACAUAAAACAUGCAUGGGCCAGAACUAUUCACACAUUUCAGGGUUCUGAGGAAAAAACUGUUGUCUACGUGGUUGGCAAUCCUGGCCGUCAGCACUGGCAGCAUGUGUACACGGCUGUGACCAGAGGACGCUGCCGUGUCUACGUUAUAGCUGAAGAGCCGCACCUCAGGAGAGCCGUCACUAACAAGAAUGUGCGCAGAAAAACUUCCUUACAGAGAUUUUUGAGAGAGGCAAUUGCAGAAACAAGCAACUGCCCCAAACAAACUUCCUCUCCCCUGACGAAGAGCUGGCAAACUCAAGAGCUUGAGACUCUGUCUCAAGGUGCUCCUGACCCAUCUGACCCUCCAGCUGACCUGAUGAGGCAGGAGAGGUCAGCAGCUCUCGGUAAAGAAGAAGAGCAGAUGGGCAGUUUGAAGCAAAGUCCGUGGAAAAGACAACGAAGUCUCACAGAGAAUUCUGAGGGUACAAAAGUACAAGAGUCUCCACUUGGGUCUUCCAGACUUAAGAAUCUAACUUUGGGACAACCAACUCCUAGGAAGCUUUUCAAAAACUAA